AAUGGCGCCAGUUUCGUCUCUCUGCGUUGUGCUGCGCGUGCUCAGUAAGCUUUGUCUUCCUGUGAGAGCGUGGCUCGUUGCGUUGUGUUUGAUUUAUUAAGAGCUUGGACAUUAUUAAGAGCUUUUUCUUGUUUUUUUUUAUCUGAACGGUUUUAGUUAAAGUGACGGUUUAGACGUGAAACGGAAAUAUUGAGAACGAGUAAAGAAAAACAACAACUCACGCCGACUGCAGACAGCGAGGGAUAUUAUAGGAGAGAGUGAGAACGGAUCAGCCUCACUCAAAGGAAGUUUCUGAGAUGGAAGCAGCUCACAUCAGCCCAGAGCUUCCUAUUCGAUGGGUUGUUUCUGCAGACGGGACUGUUGAGAUCAAGGAGGAAGUGACUGAGCUGGGGUGUGACCAGGCCAAUGAGCGGAUCCUGCAGGAGGAAACGCCACCUUCUAGUAUCACUGAGAGAGGUACUGAUAUGAAGCUUUCUGAACUGGAACCUGUCCCCAUUAAAGAUGAGGCCCAAGAAGAACUAGAAACUGUCCACAUUAAAGAGGAGAGUCCUGUACUAGAAUCAGUCCAUAUUAAAAGGGUUAUUCUCAAUUCUAAACCCUUAAGCAGCUUGCAGGGCUCUCUUCCCUGUCCUGGAUGUGGGGAGAGUUUUAAUACUGAAGGAAACCUUGAAACAUCUCCUGGAAAGACUCUGCAUCGCUGUGCUGGAUGUGUGAAGACUUUCAGGGAGUCAGGAAUCCUGAACAGACAGCAGCAAACAGGCACUGGAAAGACUUCAUAUAACUGUCAUGAAUGCGGGGCAGAUUUCAGACACCACAGCACUGUGAAACACCACCUGCGAGUUCUGAAGGUACAGCUGGGUUAUCCUUGUGAAAGGCAGGAUUCAGAGCCUGUCCACAUUAAAGAGGAGGCCCCAGAACUAGAACCUGUCCACAUUAAGAAAGAAGUCACAGUGCUGGAACCUGUGCACAUUAAAGAGGAGAAUCCUGUACUAGAAAAUUCAGAAUGUGAACACCUUUCAGCUUCUAAAGUAGAUGAAGGAGAACACGACUCUAAUCGAUCAUCCCACUGCAAAAACUCUUCUAGUGACAAACCACAGUGCAAGAAACACAGAGAGAAGACACCCCAAGAAAGAAAUAUGAAGAAAUUGAGAACUCGCUCAGUUAAAAUUCCUUCUUUAGAAGACAGACAACCACUUUCUCUGGAGAGUAUAGAGAUUGCACAUUCUGUGUGUGUGAAAAAUUCUGAAACCCAGGGCAACUUGAAGACCCUGCCUUGUUCUACUAAACCAAGAAAGAGUUCACGUCAAUUAGGCUCUCCUAAAACUCACAAGGGAAAUUGCACAGAACAGACUCCAUUUCCCUGUGCUGAUUGUGGGAAGAGUUUCAGUCAUUUAUCACAGCUUAAAAUCCACCAGCGCAGUCACACAGGAGAGAAACCUCAUCACUGCACUGAGUGUGGGAGGAGUUUCAGUUUGGUAAAAACCCUUAAAAGACACCAGCGAGUUCACACAGGAGAGAAAUGUCACAGCUGGAAUGAUUGUGGGAAGAGCUUCACUGAAUUAGGAAGUCUUAAAAAACACCAACGAAUUCACACAGGAGAGAAACCUUACCACUGCACAGAGUGUGGGAAGAGAUUCAGUCAUUUAUCAGACCUUAAAAAUCACCAGCGCAUUCACAAAGGAGAGAAGCCAUACCACUGUGAUGAUUGCGGGAAGCGUUUUACUGAAUUAGGAAGUCUUAAAAGACAUAAACUAAUUCACACAGGUGAGAAACCACACCUCUGUAAUGAAUGUGGAAUGCGCUGCAAUUAUUUAGGAAAUCUUAAAAAACACCUACAAAUUCACGUAGGAGAGAAACCACACAACUGUAAUGAUUGUGGGAAGGGCUUUACUGAAUUAGGAAAUCUUAAAAGACACAAACGAGUUCACACGGGAGAGAAGCCAUACCACUGUAAUGAUUGUGUGAAGAGCUUUACUGAAUUACGAAGUCUUAAACGACACGAACGAAUUCACACAGGAGAGAAAUCCUGAAUGUUGGGAAAGUUUUAAUCUGGCGGGACAACUUAAAAACCAGGAAAUUAUUGCAUCACUGAAGAGAUUAAUGUGAUGAACAAUUUAUAAUGCAAUUGGAGUUAAAAUCCUUUCUUGACAAACAAGCUUCUCGUAACAUUCCUUCACAAAGACACCUCAGAAGUGUUUAUUGCACCGGCCUGCAUUUACACUUUGAAACAGACAAGAGGAUGACAGUCUGAUCGGAGACAUCACAGCUUUAAACAAAACACUUAACACAUUGCAAAGAGGGAGACACUACAAAUUACAAAUAUACAUGCAAUACUGGCAACAUACAAUAAACACAGCCUCGAUUUACAAUGGUCUGCACAGUAUAGCAAGAUGUGUUUGUAUAUUUGACCCAUAAUAUUAAUGCUGUAGUUUAUUACAUAUGAUGUAAACUACUGCUUGGAACUUUUUGUCUAAACAAAAUCUCCACGAUGCACAAACAGCAUCCCCACAUCGCUGUCAGCCAAAAGGCUAAAAUCUGUUCAUGUUCCACAUCGAACAAGCUGAACGUGUUGGAGUCUUCCUAUCUCACAAAAUUCCAUCAACUUUGAAUAUUACUACCGGAUGGUCAAAAUUCAGUAUUAAAAAAAAAUACAUGCUUUUGGGUGAAACAAAAGAUAGCGCAGGGUUUAUAUCAUGUAAGUGGAUAAUAGUUCAAAAGGUUUUCUUUAUGUUGUGCUGCGGGAUCGGGGGUCUCCACAGUCUUGCUCCAGGGCCCAGUAAAUCGUAGUGGUGGUGGGGGGCGGGGCUAAGAUCGCUAAACACUUUGUGUGAAGAAAAACUAAUCAUGUGGAUUAUAUAUUAACCAGGUCAGUGUUUAACAUAUAUACACCUGUGUUUAAUCAAGUUUACAAAUUCUGUGCUCCGUAAUAAAAUAUACAGGCUUUUUAGCUAUAAAUAUAUUCUCAAAAAGGAAGGACAUUUUUUUUACCAAAAACUUGCAUCAGUUAGGGUUGAUAUUGAAACAAGAGUAGGGAGAUGUGAUGGUAGAGUUUUUAACCCUGCAUGCCCUCCCACUCUCUUACAAGCAGUGGAAGGAGAGGCAACAAACAGCCACAGACAAGCGAUUAAAAAAAUAAUCAUGAUUAAUCUCACGAUUAAAAAAAUUAAUCUGUUCAUCUUGGUUUUAAUCGCAUAUUAAAUUGAUAUAAUUACUACAUCCAUGUAAUUUAAAUUUGUAUUAUUACUGAUGCUACUAUUAUUAUUUAUUAUUAUUAUCCUUAACUGUAAAUAAAAUCAUUUAAAAUGUACUUAUUUAAUCAGGAAAUUUACCCACCGAGACCGUGACCAAAUUUUACUAGGGGCAAUAAUUCAGAAAUUACAAAUAGAACAAACAUAAUAAAACAUGCAGUUCAAGCUUGAUCAGCAGCAGGGAGAUCAGAAAACAGAAUAAAUAGCAUAUCUAUUUUUAAAUGUGACUGUGGACUGAAAUUAAUUUUUUUAAAAUAAAAUUAUAGGUAUGUAGGAAAUGAACUGUUAAUUGUGAAGAGAACAUGAAAGAACGUUGUCAUCAUAUUCAAAAACUGCAAAUUAACAAAAUUGGUAGGCUGUACAUAUUAUGUAAAAAAAAAAAAAAAAAUUGCAGC